UUUCUUGAUGCCAUCUGUCAGAUUCUCAGGUCAAAGGUUAACUAUUUAACUUCUUAUCUACAAGUAACUGUCAAUCAGCUUACAUGUAGACAUUCUAACAAUGGGGUACUCUAUUGGCUGUACCGUUAUUCUUCUGUGUGCAGUGUGGCUAACACAAACAGAUGCCGUGUUCGACGUCUGGCUGGCUCCGACACAACUCCAGUAUGGCCUCACCGAGAGCUUCUACGUGAACUGCUCGUUUGAGCGCGGGCCCUCCUCUACCAUGAUCAAACCCUUGGUCCUGACCAUUCAGAGGAAAACUCUGUUCGACCAGGACUUCAAAAAUCUGGCCACCAUAGACGACAGCGCCGGUGGCCACGUGACAGUCGUCACCACCGACGACGUGAAAACGGCGGCCGUCAUCAACGAGAACGACGUGUCCUUCCUCAGCCUGACCUGGAGGUUCCCCAUCGAGUUGCAGGCCGGGGCAUACAGAUGUCAAGCCAGAGGUCUCGACAGCUCAAACGGGCUAGUCGUACUGGAGAAAGAGGUUUCCGUGACUGGGACUUUCCCGGCAACGGAUUUGCUAGUGAACAAGAUAGUGGAGCUGGACACCGCAGCCAGGCAAAGGGAAGACGCUCUUUACUACGAGAUAGAAAGGCUUGAGCGUCGCCUGAGUAUCACUAAGAACGUCCUGUUCGCCGAGGCCUUCACCUUCAAUACCAAGACCUACUACCUGUCCAGAGUACACUUCAGCACAGAGGACGAGGCCAUCGCAGCCUGCUCCGUAUUUAGGGGAUACCUCGCAGAGCUGAACAACGCCGACGAGCACCUCGCCCUUACGAGGCACCUCCAGGAGACGUUGGGUUCGAGUCUUGGUGGCGCUAUCGACGCAGUGGUGGUGGGAGGAUCCGACGAGAUGAGGGAGAAUCAAUGGGUGUUCCAGUACUCGGGCAGGCCGGUGACGUACUCAGACUGGGCGCCCGGAGAGCCUAACGAUGGCAACCUCUACAACUGUUUGGCCCUCUGGAGAAUGAGUAACUUCAAGUAUACGGACUUCCCUUGCACCAACGCUAAUUACAGAGCGCUAUUUGUAUGUGAAACGAUUUGAAUGACACAUGCGAAGAAGCUUAAAAUCCUGUGUAAAUAAAGUGUUGGAAUUCAUAACCUAAACAA